AUGUAAAAUUGCAUAUAACCUCAAAUUUCAGAAAUAUAAACAAACCAUUACUUUGAUUUGAUUAGUGUUCCACCUUCGAUGAGAAAAUAAAGUGCAAGAGUAGAUUAAAGGCCAAUCCAAACUAGUAAAAUGUAUUUUGAAUCAGAUUCUAAUAUUGAUAAGUAAGUAUAAUGAUUAGGGUCAAGCACAUAAUCUUUGCAUAGUCUAUUACAAUAGAAGGAGGCAUAAUUAGAUUCAUUAUAGAGAAAAUACUUGUAGAUUAGAUAAGUAAAGUCAAGAAAGCCUUAGGGAUAACAUUUUAUGCAUGGUUAUUUAGAUGAUUUAAUCAAUUCAUUUAAAGAUAAGGUUGAUAACAAUAUUAUUAGUGAAUUUAUAAAUUAUUCAAAUUCAAUGAAUGAUAUAUAUAGGAUGUAAUAGACUCAUUUGCAUCUUUGUUAAUAACGAUUAUAGUAAGCAGAUUCAUUAGUUGAUUAAUUGAAAAUACUUAAAGAAGCAGAUCUCUUCAAUCUCAAAAAAAUAGUUUAAUCUUUAUAAGAAUCAUUGUAAUAAGCUUAAGUUACAGAAUUAGAUUCAAAUAAAUUAUAUAGAGAUCUUUAGAAUAUGAAAUUAAAGUAUGCAAAAUUGCAAAACUAAUUUGAGAUAGUACAAAAAUAGAAUGAAUAUACUGAAAAAAAUAUGUAAUCAAUUAAGCAACAUCUAUAACAUACAAAUGAGGAAACUUAAGUUUAUAAGAAAACAUUAAGAAAAGAAGCUAGUUAAAAUUAAUUUAAUUAAAGAAGAGUAUUUACUUUAGAAUAAAGAUUAGAGGUCUUAAGUGGUAGUGAUUACAAAAAAGUAAUGUAUUUAUAAUUAUUUUAGGAUAAAGAUUCAUUAAGAAAUAUUAUUGAAGAUAUGUUGAAAGAAAAUGAAGCAAAUAAACGAAAAGCAUUCUAAAAAUCAUAAGAAGUUUCAAAGCUAGAAUAAACAGUUUAAGAUUUUAAAGAAAAAAAUCAAAAAUUACAGAAGAGGAAUUUAUUGUUGGAAAAACAAUUAAAAUUAUUAGGAUAUUCAGCUUAUGAUUUAAAUGGAAAUACUAUGGGUUAAAAGACUAUAGUAGAAUCUAAUGAUCUAGAUGAUGAGUCUUUAGAUAUCUUUUAGCAAGUGAAUUUGCCUAAUAAAUUAGAUUUUAAAUUAAAUAAUUUGAAAUUGAGACAAAGAAAUUUAGUACAAGAUUUAUUAGAUUGUGGUAUCAAAUAAGCUAUUGAUUAAUUAUUUUAAAUGGAUUAACAACAUUAAGUAGAUUAAAUUAGUAUUUUUAUGGAUUUAUUUGUACAAUAUAAGAAUUUAGGAGAAAGUGUAAAUAGUAUAAUUAAUUUAAUCAAACAAUUAUUGAAAAUUGAUUAGAUUGAAGUAAUUAUGCAAAAAUUGAGUUCUGAUUCAUAAUUAUUUAAUUGUGAAUUGAUUUAAUUGUGGUUGAUAGAUUAAUAAACUGCCACUUUUUAUACUUAUAAUUAAAAAAAUGAAUUAGUUAAUGCAUAUAUUGAUACAGAUGAAUUUUUAAAUGUAGUUAAAUCAUCAUAACCAAUUUAUAAAUAAUAAGCAUUUGUUUAUAGAAAUAUUAAUACUGCUAAAUUUGCAAAAGAUUGUUAUCUUAUACCAUUAUUAACUGAUAGUAGAUUGAUUGGAAUUAUAUCAUUAGAAAAUCUAAAUAAUAAAAAAUAAGAUGCUAAAUAUCUUGGAUUAUUAAUUUCAUAAUUAUUAUUAGCAAUUAUAGAUAAAGUAUUGUAAUUUAAACUCAUUAAUUAUUAAUUGAGAUACAAAAAUCUCUUAUUUGAAGCAUUUACAGAAUUAUCAAAAUAGAAAUCUAAAUAUAAAUUAUAAAAAUCAAUUGAAAAUCAUGCUGAAACACUUUUCGGUGUGGCCAACAGUAGAUUUUUCUUUUAUAGUUAAGGGAUUAUUUAUACUUAUAAAGAUGAUAUGCAUACAACUGAAUAUAGUUCAGAUAUAGGUGUUAUUGGUUAUGUAGCAAAAACAUAAGAGGCAUUAUUAAUUGGUAAUAUUAAAUAACAUCAUUCUUUUCAUUAAUCAGUAGAUAUGACUAGUGGAUUGCCAAUAUUUACAUUACCUUUGGCCUUUGGUGUUUUAUAAAUAGUUUUGAAUUAAAGUGCAUAAUUAUAAUAAAAUAGUAAUUAAUCUAUAAUAUUCUAAUUAGAUAAAUCAGUAGAAGUACGUAAAUUAUUACAACCAGGGGAAACAUUAUAAAGUAUGGCAUUAAUGUUCACUUAAAUUUGUAAUUUUGCAUAUUAACUUUUACAAAAAGAAUUAUCAUGA